CUCACAUGAGAGCAAAACACUAGACUCUCGAAGCGAUAACGCAAUGUACAAAAUGAGCAUCGAAGCCCUGCCAAUCGAGAUCCUUACUGAGAUCUCAACAUCUUUGGCUUACCGCGAUAUCGCUGCUUGGCUUCUCACAAACCGCCAAUUCGAGGAGCGCAUCACACCUAUUCUGUACAGAAAAGCCGAGUCGUACAGAUCAAUUUUCGCCGCGGAAGAUGAACCACACGACUCGGAAAAGGACACAUCACCAAGUACAAACGUCCGCCGGCCGUAUAUCCUGGCCUGGGCUGCGAAGCAUGGGCACAUCAGCACCAUCAACAAGAUUCUAGCCAUCGAAGACAUCGCACCUUUCAUCAACAGAACACCUCCGAUAUGUGACUCAGACUAUGAGCUUGGCAAUCUAGGGCUGGCGCCUCUGCAUCUGGCAGCACUUCAUAGCCACCUCGAUGUUAUUGACUUCCUUAUCCAACUAGGGGCUGAUGUGGAUACAACCAUCCAAGACUUCGUACGCCCCAUCUAUCUGGCUCGUCACGAGGCAACGGUCCGAUGUCUUGUUCGCCAUGGAAGCUCAGUGCACUCUAAAGACGCCAGUCUCACGUCGCCUUUGGCAUACUCCAUCUCAUGUCAGGUGGAGCCAAGCGUGAUAGAAUGCUUCCUCGAACUCGGGAGUGAUCCCAAUGACGCCUCUGGCAUCUCCGCAGUCGACAUGGCUUUGCGUGCUGGUCACCUCAAAGCCCUGGAGCUUCUUCUAAAAGCAGGAUGUGAUGUUUCGGAUCCCUCUCCGCCCGAGGGUUCCCCAAUAUUCCGUGCAAUCGGCAAAUUCCAAGAGAUGAGACCAGAUAUUGCCUUGGGAGCGGUCCGUCUCCUGCUUGAUUUCGGUGCCCCGGUAGAUGGAGGAAAAUUCGUGACUGUCGGUAUACAACAGGUCCGUAGUCUGCAGACUAAUUUGGAAUACGCGCUCGGCCAUGGAAACAGGGGCGAUAUGGUGCGCCUCCUACUUUCCCGCGGUGCACAAGCAGACCCGAGCCGCAGUAUUCUUUCGCCGCCUUGGCACGACGACAGAAUGCUCUGUUCGACAACGCCGCUGUGGCGACUCAUUUGUGACUAUGGUUGGGGUAUAGACGACGACCUGGACGAGACGAUUUCUCUGAUAUCAGAUUUCGUUGCGCAUGGAGCCAAGGUUGAUGGCCCGUAUUGGUAUGCAACAGUUCUCCAUGUUGUCCUCGACAAAUUUCGAGGGAGGCCCGGAUGGGAUCGAGUGGUUCUCUGCAUGCUUGACCAUGGAGCAGAUGGACUGGCAAGAGCCGGGGACUCAGAGAGACAACCCCUUCAUACGUUGCUCAACCAACAGCGGUGGAUAGCGUGGUGGAAAAACGGGCGUGUAGACUCAAAGGCAUUCCUAAAAGUGGUCCAGCGAUUGCUCGACUUGGGAUCUGAUGUAAACCAGUUGGAUGAUGAAGGAACCUCGCCGCUAUUGUUGGCUUGCUCUCUCCCUAUCACCGUCAGUGCACGCGGAUUCAUCGAGCUAUUGGUGUCUCAUGGGGCGGAUGUCAACACGUUCAAAGACGACAAAGACGAUCAUAUGACACUUCUUGACUGUAUUUUGAAAUGGAGCGAACGCGAAUUCGCGGGAGAGGUUUUUCAACGACUCGAGGCCAUUGUUUCCACACCUGGAUUUUCUACAACUUCCCAUACGAGAUGGGGAUUUACGCCACUCCUUGAAAUAGCAACCCGGGACACUGGACACAAAAAGAAGCACAAGGCCAACCGGAGACGAAUUUUGAACUUGAUUCUCCAACGUGGUGAUGGAACGGAAAUCCACCACAGAGUUGGCUCACUUGAUCAUCCUGACCUACGGAGGAGGUCCGUUACUUACCCCAGGGACGUCAUGUUUCGACAGUACCGCGGCGGCACUCUCCUACACGUCGCAUGUAACAGCCGUGACCCGGACUUGGUGAAGCUGGUUCUCGAGAAAGGCGGCGAUGCUGAUAUCAACAAACUCAGCGACAGUGGCCUGACGCCGCUUAUGGUCUUGGCGAAGAGUGCAAUAGAGGGGGUUACGUGGGUCAAGGACUUUGCCGUGAUUUGGCAUCUCCUUGUCAACGCCGGCGCGGACACAGCAAUGGAAAACCCGAUGGGAGAGACAGCGCGAGGUAUGUGCAAACGAGGCCUGUCUGCCAAGUGGGACGCUGCUAUUGCAGGAACGUUGUAUGCCGGUGGGAGAGCUGCUUUAUUGCGGGACUGGGACUGGAGCGAUGAUCUUGAAGACUGGGAUCAAAUGUUUUUAUGAUAGUACUAGUACAUGUUUCUUUCGAGGUGUUAUUAGGUUGAGUGCUCAGAGUCAUUUAGUAGAAUUUGAGUUCAACUUGAUAUCAUCCACAAUGUGAGCAGAUAGAUUAGGGGAACAUUAUAGAGGUUGGCC